CACUCCCGGACUCCUGACUGAAGGUAGAAAGCAAGGACCUUCUACUGGUGUUUUAAUCAAGCAGCUGCUGGAGAAAGCCCGGUCUGCAUAGUGUUUGGUCCCAACGUUCCACAGGUGGCAUACAGUGGAAAUGAGCAAAGGCCGGGUCGAAGCAGUGGAGCUGGGUCAGGAGCCGAGUCCGGAUGGAGGUGCCAGGGCCUCCCGGCUCAGCCAGGCAGAGGAGAAGAAACAGGGGUCUGGGAGCCUACUUGACCGGAAGUCUGAGAUGGUGCUGGACCUGGAGCAGAAGGUGCAGCGCAGCAAGAGGGACCGUCGAAACUCCCUGCACCGCACCAUGCUGCUGGAGAGCCAGAUGAAGACCGUGCGCGGGGAGCUGGUAGACACGCUGGACCACCUGCAAGAGCUGCGGAACGUGCUCCGCCGCUCACAGCAGAACGCAGAGGAGCGCAAGGCCGCCAUGGAGAAACUGGCCGCCGGGCUCCGGUGAGCCUGCAAGCACACACACACACAUACAUACACUGAGCUCACACACACACACACACACACACACACAUACACACAAAGAGCUCACACACAAACACACAUACACACACAAACACACACAUACACGCACAUACACACAAAGAGCUCACACGCACACACAAACACACACACUGAGCUCACGCGUAAACACACAUACACACACACAAAGAGCUCACACAUACACAUACAGACAAACACACACACAUACACACACAGCUCACACGCAAACACACACACACACAUACAUACAAAGAGCUCACACACAAACACAUACACAUACACACACAGAGCUCACACAAACACACACAUACACACACAGAGCUCACACAAACACACACAUACACACACAGAGCUCACACACAAACACACACACAAACACACACAUACACACAAAGAGCUCACAAACACACCCAUACACCCACAGCUCACACGCAAACACACACACACACACACACAAAGAGCUCACACACAAACACACAUACGCACAAACACACACACACAUACACACAAAGAGCUCACACGCAAACACACACACACACAUACACACAAAGAGCUCACACACAGACACACACACAAAAACACACAUACACACACAAACACACACACAUACACACAAACACACAUACACACAAAGAGCUCACACACAAACACACAUACAUACACAAACACACACAUACACACAAAGAGCUCACACACAAACACACAUACACACACACAUACACACACACAGAGCUCACACAACAUUCAGCAUACACAUACACACAGAUACACACAGAGCUCGCACAAUGUUCAGCAUACACAUACACAAACACACACUGCCGUUCUCUCCAUCCCACUCUACAGUUCUCUAAGUAUGCGCUCUGCCCAGCCAUAGCAUCCUCAUGGUAGCUCCCCUUCUCUAAGCCGCUCCACCACCACCUCUCCCCUUACUUUUUGCUGCCCUACAGGGCUGAAAAUGGACCAGAGUAUGCAAAAGGCUAAGUGGCUCAAUUGAAUGACUGUACAGAUGUUAGUGAAAAGCAUUUCAGAAUUUUUGCUUUGAAAAGGAUGGAACAAUGGCAGCCAUAUCUUAGCAUGUAUAUCGUGGUUGAGGUCUAUGUACCAGAUACUACACGAUUUCCAGUUGCAGUCUCUGUUGUUUACCGCUGUUUAUACUUACCUAUCUGUCUGUAUUCAUUGAUAAACAUUUUGGGUUUGGGUGA